CGCCGCUCAGUCCCAGCUGAGGCAGGAGGGGAGCGGAGCUGGGACGUGGCCGGGGCUCGUGGCCUGGUCGAAGCAACGUUACGUGAGGCAUGUCAGCAAAGCUGCAAUCUGUUCCUUUGCAGAAUUCCUUCUGUGAGCUGGCCGUCCCAGUACAGCACGGGGCCUGACCCCAGCCCUACGGCCCGCUCCCAUCCGCUCACUUCCACGCAGUAUCCAGCCCUGAGAGCGGCCCAGAACAGUGCAGUGACUGAGACCAGGCCUACCUCCCUGCAUUCGGAGUGAAGGGAGGCAAGCAUGUCUGAAGAGAACCUUCUGAGCAUGGAUGAGGGAGCCCUCCGGAAACUGCUGGAGGCCACGCUGGACCUCGCUGAGCGGCGCCAGAUCCGCUCGGCCAUCCGGGAGCUGCGGCGCCAGGAGCUGGAGCGGGACGAGGAGGCUCUGGCAUCCAAGCGCUUCCGCUCGGAGCGCGGCAGCCACCGGCAGGAGAACAAGGAGAACUGGCUACGGUCUCAGCGGCUGGAGGAGGAGCAGCAGAAAUCCCUGGCACUGCUCUCCGGGAAGCUUGACUCCAUCACAGAUGUGGAGGAGCUGACGGCUCUGCUGCGAGGAGCCGGCGAGUACGAGGAACGCAAGCUGAUCCGGGCCGCCAUCCGCAAGCUGCGGGCCAAUGAGAUUGAGGCUGCAGCCUCGGCAGGGAGAGCCCACAGCAGCUGGAAAGGGGAAAAUGAGCCACUGGCCUCCAAGGGGAAGGAGAGCGCGGAUGGGGGCAGCUCUGUGCUAGAGGACCUGGAGGAGCAGGAGCGCAUCCGGGCUCAGAUCCGGGAGCUACGCAGUGAGCAGAGGGGAGAGCCCCAGAAACCGGAUGCCCAGGACCUGGCCUCGGGGACCCUGCUGCUCCUGGACCCGCUGCAUCCCCCGCGCUGCUCCUCAUCCUCGGAGCUGGAGCCGCAGCAGAGAGCCGAGCCCCCGGAGCGCAGCUCCCAGAGCCCGGAGCCCGGCCCAGGGGCAGAACAGCCCUGCGUGAGCCCGACCAGCCCCUGUGCACAGGAGGGAGAUGACGAGGGGCUCAGCCAGCCAGAGGCAGGGGGCAGUGAGGGGCUCAGCCAGGGCGGGCCAGAGCAGCAAGAGGCACCUGCAACCACGGGCGACAGCUGCCCAGCGGAGGAGACUCACCAGAGGCUGCCCAGCAACGGGAGCCGGAGCAGCCAGGUCAGCGUCUGUGUCAAAAGCCAAGCGCCCGAGAAGCCGGCCAGCACUGCCAACAAGACGCGAGCUGAGCCCACACGGGAGCAGCCCUUCCAGAGAGCCAACUCGGUGCGGGAGCGCGUCCGCAAGUUCACCUCGGACUCCCUGGCCCAGCCUGGUCCCAGGUCCUGCAGCCAGAAGUGGGAGAGCCCUGGCAAAGGCUCUUGGGUCCUGCAGCAGCAGCUCCUGCGCCCCCAGGGUGCCCAGCGCACAGCAGACUUACCCAGUGGUCCCCGGUGCGGACUCAGCCCGGCGCCUCCAGGCCAUGCUGCCCUCCGGGGAGCCAAGGAGGGCUCGGGGGGCCCCCCAGCCAGCAGCCGUACGGAGCGCCGCACCUCCUCCUCGGAGGCAGAGGCUGCGAUGGCUGGGGGCCCAGCCUGUCCUAAAGAGGAGGGCAGCUCUGUGGGGAGGAGCCAGGCUGGCCAAUCGCAGAGCGGCCAGCUGACGUCCCCCAAGAGGCCCAUUGAAAACGCCGUGGGGAGCUCGUCCUGCACAGAGGAGCCUGGCACCCAGCACGCUGCCUCUCUGCCCAGCAGCCCGGCCUGGCCCCAGCCUCCUGCCUGCGGCACCAAGGCCAGCACCAGGGACGAGGACGCCAUGAAAACGCUCUUCACCAUCGAGAUCAAGGAUGGCAGGGCCCAGCCUGACAGCAGCCGCAUUGUGAGCGCGCCGGGCAGCCAGCGGACAGAGCUGACCCUGGGGCUGCGGAGCUCACCCAUCCGGAUCAGCAACAGCAGCACCGCUAGUGGCACCAGCAGGGUCAGCACAGCCAGCAAGAUGGAGGCGGAGCUGGUGGAGCAGCCCCAGGUGCCGGUUCCGGAGCCGGAGUUGUCCAAUGGGAUGGAGAAGGCCCAGGCGAGGGAGCCGGAGAAGAGGAGCAAGCUGAGCGCUGAGGAGCUGAGCAGGAUCGAGGAGGAGGAGGUGCUGGAUAAGAUGCUGGACCAGACGUUGGACUUUGAGGAGCGACGGCUGAUCCGCUCCGCCAUGCGGGAGCUGCGCCAGAGGAAGAGAGAGCAGCGAGACAAGGAGCGGGGCCAGCGUCUGCAGGAGGUGAAGAGCCAGGCCGCGGCGGGGAAGACAGGCCGUGCUACCGAGAACACCACUCGGCAGAGCGCCCAGUCGGCUGAUGGCUCGGCCCGCCACACGCUCACCAAAACCGAGCACCUCGUCCAGUCCAAUGAUGGCACCAAAACCUCCCGUAUGAGGACAGUGGAGUCGAGCUACACAAAGAGAUCGGAGAAUGGCAGCACAUUUGUCCAGACCAAAUCCUCCUACAGCUCCUCGUCCAAGAAGGUGGGCAGCAUCUUUGACCGUGAGGACGAGAGCAGCUCGCGCCAGGGCAGUCUGGCCACUCUGGAGCGGCGCCAGGCCGAGAAGAAGAAGGAGCUGCUGAAGGCUCAGAGCCUGCCCAAGACGUCGGCCACACAGGCGCGGAAGGCCAUGAUCGAGAAGCUGGAGAAGGAGAGCGGGAGCCCCUCGAGCCCGGCCAUGUCGCGGGUGGCCGUGCAGCGCUCCUCCAGCUUCGGUGUUCCCAACGCCAACAGCAUCAAGCAGAUGUUGCUGGACUGGUGCAGAGCGAAGACCCGGGGCUACGAGCACGUGGACAUCCAGAACUUCUCCUCCAGCUGGAGCGACGGCAUGGCCUUCUGCGCCCUCGUCCACAACUUCUUUCCCCAGGCCUUUGACUACACGCAGCUGACGCCCCAGAACCGCCGCCGUAACUUUGAGGUGGCCUUCUCCUCGGCAGAGAUGCUGGUUGACUGCAUGCCCCUGGUGGAGGUGGAAGACAUGAUGAUCAUGGGGAAGAGGCCAGACUCCAAGUGUGUCUUCACCUACGUGCAAUCCCUCUACAACCACCUGCGGCGCCAUGAGUUACGCUUGCGGCAGAAAGAGUUCUAGAGCCCCCCCGUCCUGCCCCCGCUGCCCUGGGCACGGCUGCAGUGUGAAUAGACCCCCGCUGCCCCCCGUAUGGACACAGGUGUGCAGGGGGGGCGCCUACCUGCCCCCAGCAGACCUGUCCAGCCACCAGGCUGCCCUGAGUGAGGCUGAGAUUAGUCCUGCACUGUCUGUGCUCUGCCCCCUCUGUCCAUGCUACAAGCUCCCUCCAGCUGCUGCUCUGCCCCAUGGUCCCUGGCCUGGUCCCCCUGCCAGCUUGGCUCUCACCCCCUGCCCUGUGCUUUCUAUAGUGUUUUAAGUUAUUCAUGUUAAAGGAAUUGUUUUUAUGCUGUGCAAUACACCUCCCCCUCCCCGCUGGGCUGGGAGAGCCCUGUGUACGUCUCAGGCUGGCUGUGGGGCCAAGGCCCUGCCCUGUCUGGCUGUGGCCCUGGGCGCCGCAUGGUGGCAAUGGGCUGGCAUGGUACUGUAGACACCUGGCCCAGGGGGUUGUUGCUGGAAUUAGGGGGGCAGGUGAGGGAGCAUCCCAGGGCUUGUGGCCUGGGUAGCUGGGGUCUGGGUGCAGCACACGUGUGCGUGGUGGAGUUCUUGGCCCUUGGGGGGAGGUGCACCCCAGAAGGGUGCUGCUCACGCUCCUGCUUGCAGCCCUCUCCCUUGGGAACUUCCACGUUCAGCAGUGCCCAAGCCUGGGGGCAGCUCCCACAUUGGCACGCUGCUGCUAACACCCACCCCCAGGAGCCACUGCCAGUGCUGGGACCCACAUCCCCCUUGCCCUGGGGAGCUGGACUGGAACCUGGUGAGGGGGUGGGCUCCUGGGGCACAGGCCCUUCCCAGUAGGACAGCCCCCCAGGGCUUGGCUUGGUACCUCCCAGUCAAUUCCCAGCCCUCUGACCUGGCCCUGGGCCCUUUCACUCAGUGUCACUAGCCGUAUAACCAUUUCUACACCUGCGUAGACACUUGUAUCACCAGCCUGACAAUAAAGUUCUGUUAUACAGGG